AUGACGACGCAUACAGUCUUUCGAUUCCCAACUCGCAACAGUUUUGAGGAUAUUGUCUCAUCCCAAGAGGAAAUCCCGAUUAUUUCAAAGCAUGAGGUUCUUAUCAAAGUUCGUGCAGUGUCAUUGAAUUCGAGGGAUAUUCAGAUUGCUACUUCAAAUUAUCCUGCCUUUGUCAAGGAUAACCCAAUCCCUUGCUCUGAUGCUGCAGGAGACAUUGUCGCUGUCGGAGAUGAAGUGCGAGGACUCGCAAAGGGAGACCGCGUGGUUGUCUCCUUUGAUCUCGCUCAUCAGUAUGGACCCCAGAAAGACUUUCUCACCUGCCAGGGCGGCGGUGUCGAUGGAGUCCUUGCGGAAUAUAUCGCUCGCCCGGGGUCAAGUGUGGUUAAGGUCCCCACUAGUGCACCACAAAGCUACAGCGAGCUUGCUUCGCUGGUUUGCACGGGUGUGACAUCGUGGAAUGCUCUGUAUGGAAAUAUCCCUCUCAAGCCCGGUCAGACUGUCCUGGUUCAAGGUACCGGCGGUGUGGCAAUGACGGCCCUUGUACUGGCGAAGGCUGCUGGGGCGACAACUAUUGUCACCUCCUCUAGUGAUGAGAAGUUGAAGUUUGUUCAGUCGUUGUUGCAACCUGAUCAUUGCAUCAAUUACAAGAAGACCCCAGACUGGGCCUCAAAGGCUUUAGAGCUCACUGGCGGCAAAGGUGUGGACCACAUCAUUGAGAUUGGUGGAAUUGGUACAAUUGAACAGAGUAUUCAAGCCAUUGCACCAGGUGGUAUCAUCAGCGUAAUUGGAUACCUUGCUAGCUGCGGCAUGACACAGAGACCCGACGUUCCUCUGCUAGCCUUGCUCAAAAACUGCGUUAUUCGAGGUGUGUUGAUCGGCCCUCGCUGUAUGUUGGAGGAUUUGGUGACGUUCGUCGAUAGACAGAGAUUGAGGUUCCAUGUUGAGAAAGAAUACCCUUUUACGCGAGAGGACAUUCUCGCAGCCUACAAGACCGUCGAAGCCGGAAAUCAUGUCUCCAAGAUAUGUAUUGUGAUUAGCUAG